GAACUCGCCGGAACAUGUUACCGCCACUUCCCUCUUUAACCCUAGACUACGAGUAGACUCCCUCGCUAAAACCCUACUCGGCCUGCCAUUAAGGUUUCGUUCCAUCCCUUCUAGAAGGCGUCGGCGGGCGGCGGCCAUGGCCUUCUCCACCCCCCUCCGGCGAGCAUUGUCUGCUGCGUUUCCUCUCGCGAUCCGGUGUCUCGGAAGAAGUUGCCAUGGCGGUCACCACUCCGCCCUCCUCCGUCCCCUGUCCCUGGAGGGGAUCGUUUCUCGGGCGACCAUAGGAGAGCGAACCGCUCUCUCUUUCCCUUCUCUCGCUCUAUUCUCUUCGGGGGCCAAGAAGCUGCCGUCCGACGCCAACCUCCUCCGUAUCAUCGACGAUGAGAUCAAGUGCGCCGAAGACUCCGACGACCACGACCGGGUAGAGGAAAUACCUGAAGGGUUUCCUUUUGAGAUCCAAGAUGAGAAAGAAAUGAAUGUGAUCACUCUUAAGAGAAGCUAUCAAGGUGAGAACAUUGAAGUUGUAGUUUCUAUGCCAAGCCUCGUCACUGGAGAGGAACCAAAUAAUGAUAUGGAGGACGACCAUGAUGAGGAUGAGGAUGGUGGCCAUGGUGAGAAGCCUAGCCAAUCAAGCAUCCCGUUGACUGUUAAUGUCUCUAAAGGAGAUGGACCCAGUCUGGAGUUCUCUUGUACUGCUUACCCAGAUGAAGUUACGAUCGAUAGCAUGUCAGUAAGAGAAAAUAAAGAAUCUGAAGAGGAGAUGAUUGCCUAUGAAGGCCCUGAUUUCAAUGAUCUGGAUGAGAACCUUCAGAAAGCCUUUCACAAGUACUUGGACAUAAGAGGCAUUUCGCCGAUGACCACCAACUUCUUGCACGAGUACAUGAUUAACAAGGAUUCCCGUGAGUACUUGCAUUGGUUGAGGAAUUUGAAACAGUUUGUUCAGAAGUGAAAUUCUGGAAGUUUUGCCAUGAAGCUGUGGCACAUGUUCCAUUUUUCAGAUAUCUAUAUUCUGCACCCAUAUAUUGCCUAUAAACAGUUUUUGUUGAAGAGUAUGUUUGUUAUAUGAUACAGUUUUAGUGACUAGUGGAUUUUGCUCAAACUAAUAGGCAUUACUGACUGCAUAUCAUCUUUCAGAUGGUUAACUGUAUGCAAAGAGAGAUGUAUGCCUGUAGUUAAGUUUUGAGAACUGGUGGUAGUGAUUAAAUUACCAAUAUUGUUGUGUAAUCUUUCUUUUC